GAGAGUUCUCCACUCCGACCCAAACCUGAGAAACCGAGCCCAGAGUUGUUCUCGGUAGCAGUCUGCUCCGGGACACGCUGUAGAUCCUCCCGGACCCGGGUCCGGUUCUGCUGGGACUGUUUCCGAGAGAACUUCAAGAAUCUGGACCUGAUGGACCGCAGAAGUUCAUGAGUCUGGACCAUGAAUUGUGAUGUAAUUUGGGCCUGAGAGACAGAUCUUAGUGGACCAGCUUACCUUCUAAACAUUACUGUAUUGUUUAUAAAAUCCUUGGACUGCUUGGUGUUUCUGAGGCUCUGAAGAUCAUGGAUCCUCCCCAGAUUCAGGGAGCUCCAGCUGUACCUAAAAUGGGGGUUCGGGCUCGUGUGUCAAACUGGUCCAAAAAGCAGGACAUUAGAGAUGUCCAGCCGAGCAUGUUAUGUGAACCUUCUAAUAAGCUGCUGGAGAACCGCCUGCACCUGCAGAGUAGCUCACAGACCAGGUUCCAGGUUUCAGAUAUCCUCAGCUCUUCCUCCAGAAGCAGUUGUGCUAGGAUGAAGAGGAGCAACAGCGAGGUGACAAUCAGUGACUUUGGGUCUGAGGAUGUGGGUCCUGUUGCCAUCAGUCCCAACCCUGGAGCUACUCCGGACCGAAGAUACGGGAGCACCUCCAGUGUGGACUGGCUGGGUUCAUCAGGAUUUCUGGAGGUGGUGGACCAGGAGCCCAGUGCGCCUCCUCCAGUCCCUGAGCCUGCUGUGCUGUCACCCAGCCUGCAGGCUGCAACCCAGAUCGCUCGUGGGGACAUCACCGUCAUAGCGGGGCCGGACCGCGUGGAAUCGUCAGCUGACAGUCGAGACUCCUACAAGAUUCACAGAAGGAAGGCAGAGUUGUACGUCCUCAACCGCUUGAGGCCCCAGAGGAGCGACAGGAAUGAGGUGCAGCAGCUGGCGAGCUCCACUUUGACAGCUCACAGAUGUUUCUCUCAUUAUGAUGUCCAGAGUGUCCUCUUCACAGUUGGUGGGCCUCAGCCAGGUCUCCUCCUUUCCUCUUCAGAAGCUCCUUUUCUGCUGCCGUCAGUGGAGCAUGACAAACCUGGUGGAGACAGCAGCAGUCCGGUCCUAUCCUGUCCUCAGUUUCUUAACGAGAUGGAAGGAGACAUGGAAAAUAUCCUGGACCUGACUUGUUCCUGCUGCCCCACCAGCAGCACUACAGCUCCCAGUUACUGCAGCAAGGCAGCACCAGGUAGUUGCACCAACGCUGCUGUGUCCGUCCUGGAGGCUUGCACAGAAACUCAGCUGUGUUCUGCAAACCUCAUGAGUUAUGAUGUUGAGCACGUAGACCUUGGAGCCAAAUACUACCAUAAAUACUUCUACAACAAAGAUCACCAGAACCUUUUUGGCAUUGAUCCGAAGUUUGGUCCGGUUGCCCUGAGCAUUCGACGAGAGGCUUUAGACGGAGAAAGGAAUCAAACAAAGUUCAACUACAGGAUCAUCCUCCGGACCGGCCAGCUGUCCACCCUCAGAGGUUCCAUCAUGGAGGGACUCGGUUCCUUCUUCAUCCAAACACGGGACAAGUCAAGGUCCUUCCCCUGA